AUGGUUUUGCAUAAUAUUCACGCCAAGAUCCCAAUCCGGCACUUACCCUGGUGGUUGGACCGUUGGCUCAGGCAAAUCUUCGUUUUGCAAAACACUGCUUGGAGAGGUUCCUUCCAUCAAGGUCAAGUCACGCUGCGCACAGGCGCCUCGCGCAUCGGUUUCUGCGGCCAGACUGCGUUUGUGUUGAACGGGACUAUCAAGGAAAAUAUCAUUGGCUUCUCUCCCCUCCACCAGGAUAAAUACGCCGAGGCCGUGGAUGCCACUGCUUUUUCCUUUGAUCUGGAUAACCUACCCGAAAGCCAUGAGACAAACGUGGGUUCCGAUGGCAUCUCUCUAUCCGGUGGCCGAAAGCAGCGAAUCGCCUUAGCUCGGGCCCUGUAUCUACAAACUCACUUUCUCAUCCUCGACCAUGUCUUCAGUGGUUUGGACGCAGGCACCGAAGAGCAAGUCUUUCACAAUGUUUUCGGACCGGCAGGAUUAUUGAAACGCCGCCAAACCAUCGUCUUACUUUGCACCCAUAAUGUUCGUCAUUUGCAAGCAGCAGACUACAUUAUCGCCCUCGAGAACGGUCAUCUUAGUGAGCAGGGAACAUUUGAUCAACUCUUGGCUGGCGAAGGUUACGUGCGUCGCCUGGAGUUGAAGGGUUCGGGCUCAAGCUCACCCACAGACUCGGAGAAAUCGGGUAAUGAGAGAAGCGGACAGGAAGUCUUGACCCCGGCCAAGAGGAUCAAAGCAACCAAACUAGCCAUCGACUCCAACAAUGGUGCGUCGCGUCAAGUUGGCGAUAGCACCGUUUACAAAGAAUAUGUGAAGAGUAUGGGAUGGGCGUUGGCAGCAUCUGCCAUCUUCUCUUCCCUGCUCUGGGGCUUCUUCUUGAACUUUUCAUCUAUCUCACUAAGAUUUGACGGGACUAAUAGCACGACAGGGCUCACCUACUGGGUAAACGACAUACAGCUGCGAAAUCCAACGCACUCUUCGGUGUACUGGGCCGGGAUUUAUGGCUUGUUUCAAGUGUGUGCCUUGAUAGCACUUUUCCUACUUGGCGCCUCCAUUUGGGUUAUCUCCAUCAAACCCUCCGGUCCGAACCUUCACGAGGGUAUUUUAAAGACUCUCUUCCAAGCACCGCUCCGCUUCUUUACCGAAAUCGACACAGGGGUCACCACAAACCUGUUCUCGCAGGAUUUGAAUCUUAUCGACACGGCGUUACCGGACUCUAAUGUUAGCACACUUUUCUCGAUAAGCCAAUGUCUCGAAGCCACCAUUCAGGUUAAGACCUGA